GACUCACUCACUCACACACACACAUACACUCGCGAUCCCCAGCACAUCCACACGCGCUGCCACAGCUCUACGCGAGCACAGCAGUGCGCUUCAACACGCUUCUGUGCGCAACACCAAUUCCAAUCCUGUCUGGCAGUUUGGACAAAACUUGGUGCCUCCCGAGUAUGCCUGAAUGACUUACGAGAGCAAGAAGGUAUCAGAACAUUUAACCAAGGAGGGCAGCGUGUUUUAAGCGGAGAGAUCCCCGCGGAAACCUCUAUCAAACCAUCGGAGACCAAUAAGGCAAUGGAGCGCAAUAACGCACGCAAAUCCGUGACGGCUUUAUAACGGAAUACAGUCGAAGACCUCUAAUUUAGUCUUGUUUGAGGAAAAGCCGGCUGUUUUAUGACAAAGCAUGACUUUAUGAAUACAUGAAACAGAUCAUGUUAUGCACAGUUUGCAUUUGCUGUGCGCAACUGGCUUAAGAGAACUGCUUUUGAAUAUGAAACUCUAAGCACUCUAAAGACAAAAAGGCGUAUUUUCAUUUCUUUUCUUUUCUCACUCUGUAUUGUCGGUGUUUGUUUCUUGAAGAAGAUCACUAGUUGAAUACAGGUCACUUCUUCAAGGCAGCGCAUUUUUGGAAAGAUGGAUUUCUGGAUAUCUCACCAAGGGAUUGCAUUUAUUCUUUGCUUCGUUUUGAAAGUCAGCGCAAAAGAAAUUGAGACAUGCGGAGGCCAGCUGGAUGCCAGUAAUGCUGGUUACAUCACAUCUCCAGGAUACCCUCUGGAAUACCCACCCCAUCAGAGCUGCCAGUGGGUGAUCAGCGCACCUGAACCCUCGCAGCGCAUCGUGCUAAACUUCAACCCGCACUUUGAGCUGGAACGACUGGAUUGCAGGUAUGACUUCAUAGAGAUCCGAGAUGGGAAUUCUGAGUCUGCGGACCUGCUGGGAAGGCACUGCAGUAACAUCGCUCCUCCUGCCAUAAUUUCCUCAGGUCCCGUCAUCCACAUCAAGUUUGUGUCUGAUUACGCGCACCAGGGUGCCGGCUUCUCCCUGCGCUACGAGAUCUACAAGACUGGAGCCGAACACUGCUUCCGGAAUUUCAGCGCUCCAACCGGAGUGAUUGAGUCUCCUGGUUUUCCUGACAAGUAUCCUCAUAAUUUGGAGUGCUCCUUCAUCAUCAUCUCUCCUCCUCAGACGGAGGUCACACUCACCUUCCAGACCUUUGACCUGGAAAACGACCCUUUGCUGAUGGGGGAAGGAGAAUGCAAGUAUGACUGGCUGGAUGUUUGGGACGGCCUGCCACAAGUGGGACCCCUGAUCGGACGAUACUGUGGGACAAAGAUCCCUCCAGAGAUCCAGUCUUCCACAGGUCUUCUGUCGCUUUCCUUCCACACUGACAUGGCCGUGGCCAAAGAUGGCUUCUCUGCUCGCUAUAACAUGACUCGCAAGGAAAUUAGUGACACAUUUCACUGUAGUAAUGCAUUUGGAAUGGAAUCUGGUAAGAUCUCUGAUGAUCAGAUUUCAGCCUCCAGCUCAUUUUAUGAUGAUCGCUGGCAGCCCCGUCAGGCACGUAUGAACAACGAGGACAACGCCUGGACGCCGAGUGAGGACAGCAACAAGGAAUACAUACAGGUGGAUCUUCACUUCCUCAAGGUUCUGACCGGGAUCGCUACCCAAGGAGCCAUUUCCAAGGAGACUCAUAAGUCCUACUACGUCACCACCUUCAAACUGGAAGUCAGCACUAAUGGAGAGGACUGGAUGAUCUAUCGGCACGGCAAAAACCAUAAGAUUUUCCAUGCCAACACUGACCCGUCUGAGGUGGUGUUGAAUCGUAUUCCUCAGCCCGUUCUGGCCCGGUUUGUUCGUAUUCGGCCACAGUCGUGGAAUAAUGGCAUUGCGCUACGCUUUGAGCUUUAUGGCUGCCAAAUAACAGAUGCUCCUUGUUCGGAGCUCCAGGGAAUGUUGUCCGGGCUCCUCCCUGAUUCCCAGAUCACAGCUUCCUCAGUAAGGGACCUUCACUGGGCUCCUGGAGCAGCACGUCUGGUGGCCAGUAGAUCAGGAUGGUUUCCCGGCCCUACCCAGCCUAUAGCUGGGGAAGAAUGGUUGCAGGUGGACCUCGGGAUGCCCAAGACAGUGCGAGGAGUGAUAACCCAAGGAGCACGAAGCGGGGAAGGAGCAACCAGCUCAGAGAACCGGGCUUUUGUUCGGAAGUACCGUCUAGCGCACAGCCUGAAUGGGAAAGACUGGAACUUUGUAAUGGAUAGCAAGACUAGCAUGGCCAAGCUUUUUGAGGGGAACACACACUAUGACACCCCAGAGCUGAGGCGUUUCGAGGAACUGGCUGCACAGUUUAUCCGCAUCUAUCCAGAGCGCUGGUCUCCGGCAGGGAUCGGAAUGAGAAUGGAAGUCCUGGGCUGCAACCUGCCAGAAACCUCCACACCAGCUGUAGAGACAUCCAAACCAACUCAUGCAUCCUCUGUAGGAACCACCACGACGCAGAAACCUAGUCCAGUUACCAGUGCUGCCCUGCCGUCUCACAAAGGACUGUGUGAUUUUGAGCAAGGAUUGUGUGGUUGGACCCUUGACCCAGAGUCUGACCUCAGCUGGGCGCUACACAGCUCCAGCAAAAGCACCGCCUUGGGUCAGAGUCAAGAUCUCUCCAUGGGCUCAAACAGUUUGGGAAACUACCUGUACAUUGAGGCCAGUCCUGAGACGCAAGGCCAGAAAGCCCGGCUGUUCAGUCCCACUGUGGAUCCCGACACCGGACCACUCUGCCUGAUGUUCUCCUAUCAGCUGGAGGAUCAGGGGACCCUGAGGGUUCUGCUGCAGAACAAACACCAAGAGGAAACCCUCCUCUGGUCCCUCCGUGGAGACCAGGAGCCCAUCUGGAAAGAAGGACGUACCAUCAUACCUCGAUCUCCCAAUGAAUUUCAGGUGGUAAUCGAAGGAUUUUUUGAGGGUAUCAAAGGCCACAUCUGGAUCGAUAACAUCCACAUGAGCAUGAACACACCACUGGAGGAGUGUACUCAGCCUUUCGUCGCGUUCCCUCCGGACAUGACCGGGGGAGCCCUACCUGACAAGAGUGAGCCAACAAUAGAUACGCUGUCAGUACCACCUGUUUUGCCCAACUGGUAUUACAUAAUGGCUGGUGGAGGAGCCAUCUUGUUCCUGCUCAUUGUCAUUGUCAUGGCCGUUAGCUGUCGCCAUCUUACGGCCAGGAGGAACCAACCCACAAUGGCCUACUACAGCCCUCACAAUGCACAUUAUCCCAACGGCGGCACGCACAGGGCUGGGGUGACGCCCAAGUUGACUGUAUGGGUUGAGAAGGGUGAUGGCAAUUCCUACUGGUGAACACCUGGAUUAAAGGUUUAGAGGUUUGCCUGCAAAUGCUGACUUCAUGAAGGAAGUCCUUGACAAAAGCAGAUCUCAGACUGAAGAGUUGGAGGAGAACCUCAAAGAACGCUCUCAGAUGCUUGGAUCCGGAUGCAUCCAACACUUUGAUUUUCUGUUUCCUCGUUCUGUUCGUCUUCUUUUCUUUCUUGGAUACCGACGACCCUGUCUUACUAGCGUGCUCAGCUUGUUUACCACAUCUAGAGCCUCAUGAUGAGCGCCAAGCCAAGAGGACGUGCUAUCCAAUGACCUGGACUAGACUGACUUUGAUCCAGUGUGCUGUACUUAUGUUAAAUCAAUGUGAUUAAACACUGAGGAGUUCAGAGCUGUUGUGGACACGCCACGACGUUUGCACUUUGACUAGUCCCUGAGAUUGAUUACCAGUACUUUACCUUAUUAUAGCAGAACAUGGGAACAGACCUUUGGUGAAAGAAAGAACAUGAAGCUUUCAGAGAAAUCAAAGCAUACGGGCGGAGGCUCCAUUACUGAGAAUGUGCUUCUUAGCACUUUUUGAAUACAACGCAAGCAUGAUUUAAUUAGUAAUAAGGGAAGGCGAAGUAUUGCUUAAAAGGUUUCUGCAUGUAAACAACUUGAGUUAAGUCUGAUAAAUGAGGAGUCCACCUAAGAUGAUGUCUUGAUGAACACUGCCUUUAAAGUCAACAUGAAAUCGAAAUUGAGUUUCUUAAUAUGUCUACUUAGUCUUAUCGUGAACAAUUGAUCAAUGCAUCGUCCACUGACGUCGCUUAGAUCACACUUGUUUUAAGCUGUGGUUGUAGGUAAAACCUACGUAAUAGAAUAAUGCCAGUUGUCAAUAAUGUAAUAAAGAGUGCUUCAGUAACCGCAAACAGAAAUAGAUUGAACCAGUAUGCGGGUUUCCCAAUUAAAAAGUGGCAGGAGCAAUGUGAACUUACAUUCAGGCUGUAUCCUUGUAUGAAACGCCAACUUUUCACAAUCCGUUUUUUCAUCAUGGAACUAAAAUGCAUUGCAAAUGUUCGUUCAUGUUGACUUUAAACAUUGUAUUUGGCAUGGUUUUAUAUCAAUGAUGUGCUCAACUUAAAUGAAGGGAUGGCACCACCAAUGAGAUAAGAGCGAUUAUGUAAGGGAGUCUUCAUGUUUUGUGUUUGUUUCUGUGUUCUCUGGCAGUAUCUAGGUUAUUCCUUUCUUAUCUCGCAUUUCUCACAUUUUUUUCCCAAAGAUCACCCAAAACUGUGUUGGCGUGUGUUAUUCUGAGCAAACGCUUGCUGGUGUGGAGGCUCCAAAAACAAGUCCCAUAAACAAAGACAGCUGUUUCCUUUCUUCGUCUCUAUGCGAUGAGGAAGCGCUGAGAGAACUUGUGCAGAUAUCAACACCUGGUAGCAAUUUUGGUUUACUGAAGCAUCAUGAAGCUUCAGGAGUGAUUAGCAGUGAAUGCUGUCCAAGACUGCCAUAUGCUUUUUCAUAGCCAUGUUGAAUCAUUUACUGAAUUGAGUUGUCAUUCGGUUUUAUAGGUUAUGUUAAUCAGUUUUGUAUUUGGAAAGAGGAGUGUCAUGAACAUACUAUUUGAUUAUUAUAUCGUAUUAGUACAAAUGUCUGAAGCAGUAACGGUAACUGUUUUGAAGGAAUAGGUCAAAAACUUACUCCAGUGUUAUUCCAGAUUUUUUUUUUCUUCUGUGCAACACAAAAGGAAAUGCCUUGAAAAAUGUUCAUGCUGCACCAUUAUGUAAAUGAAAAUGACACUAUUUAUGUGACCCUGGACCACAAAACCAGUCUUAAGUAGCAUGAGUAUAUUUGUAGCAGUAGCCAAAAAUACAUUGUAUGGGUCAAAAUGAUCAAUUUUUAUUUUAUGCCAAAAAUCAUUAGGAUAUUAAGUAAAGAUCAUGUUCCAUGAGGAUAUUUUGUAAAUUUCCUACCGUGAAUAUAUCAAAACUUAAUUUCUGAUUAGUAAUAUGCAUUGCUAAGAACUUUGGACAACUUUAAAGGCAGUUUUUUCAAUAUUUAGAUUUCUUUGCACUCUCAGAUUCCAGAUUUUCAAAUAGUUGUAUUUUGGCCGAAUAUUGUCCUAACAAACCAUACAUCAAUGGAAGUUUAUUUAUUCAACUUUCAAAUCAUGUAUCUUAAUUUUAGAAAAUUGACCCUCAUGACUAGUUUUGUAGUCCAGAGUUGCAUAUCAUAAGUUUUUCCAAACCAUACAAUAGAUUUGCGUGAGCAAAAAUAGUCAUAAUCGAAGUUCACGUAUAAUCAAAUAUGGUGGCAAAUUUGCCAUUAGUUACAGUAAAUGGCAUUGGUUCUCAAAUGUCGUAAUGUCGACAGAUUCUUGGAAUGUAUCACACAAGUUUGCACUGUUUUCGAGAAUUUUUGUGCUUUUAUUUUAGACUAAAACACAAUAUAAACAUUUAGCAUUUCCUUUUGUCUUUCACAUUUGAAAGGAAGGUUUGGAACAGCUUGAGGGUGAGUAAAUGAUGACCGAAUUAUCGUUUUCAUGCCAACUAUGUCUUUAAGAAUAUUCAGCAGAUCUACAAUGAAGCCUCAAAGCAUUUCAAAAGGUCUUCAUGUCGAUAUACGAAGUAUAGAGCUGUUCAAAAUGGAAAUAAAAGGAUAAAGACCCUUGGCUCCGGAGGGGCUUUUUAAUGCCAUUUCCUGCUGUGAGGUGGUAAGAGAUGUUUUGGCACCGUCAUGCAAUGUGCUUUUAAAGCAGCCACUUUAUCGCUCUUUUCUUCCCUAAACCGUGCCCCCCCCUCUUCUUUCUUCACUCUUAAUAUUUUUAAUUAGUUAAUGGACCAGAUACCAUUUAUUAAAGCUGCUAUAGGCGUUCCGUCUCCCGCCCCGUGUCUCUCGUCGACUCGGGAAACCACAUUAAUGAGUGCGAGCGCUCUCUCGAGAACUCCGUCGACGCGUCACUCGGCGAGGCAUGAUGCCAAACAGCCAUUCUUCUUGGGCUCUUAAAUGCAUGAACCGAGAAGCUUCUGAUAAAGCAAAACAGUCUGUUUUUCAAAGAGCGGAGGAUUGAGGUUGAUGUUCACGCCCCUGCCGAUGUUUUCUCGGAUCCCGAAUGACUCAUGCUACUUUUGGACACGGGCAUCUCAGGGGUUGUCGAACAGUCGACUGCGCUUUCCUCGGAGGUUGGGUAGAAUAGAUCGCUCACAAUGGAUCCAGUCAGGCUACCGCCUUCGCAUCCGUGGUGCGCGAGCUCUCACAUUGAUUUCUCUGCUUUUAGACACAGCGGGCUCCAACUCGGACAUUUUUGGAACAAAGCGACCUGAUCUAUAAAGCCAUUUGAAAGUUAUGGGCCUUUUAUUGCACCGCUAAGCUUACCUAGGUGGUGGUGGUGAUGCAGACUAUGAAUUUAAUCAUAAUAAUGAGGAUGAUGAUGAUAAUGCACUUUGCUUUAUGAAAGUACCUUCUAACUGUGGUCAGCCUAUACCUCAACUUUGAAAUUAGUAAAUUGUUUAAAAUGCGAAUGUGAACAGAAUAUUUUUGCUUGAUGAAUUUGUGUCUUGAAAACCUGCUUUUAAAAUGUGACAAUAAAAUCUUAUUUUUCUAAUCCUCACUUCUCUUUAUAUCUAUUUAUAUCAGCGCAGUAACAAUAGACAUUGGCCUAUUUUUGCUGCUAUAUUUGUGCGUUCCCUUAAUGUUUAAAUGCUGCUGUGCUUCAAUUAGUAAUUAUGUAGGUCACAUGGUGUUAUUCUCUGUGCUCUGUAAUUAUGUUACAUAUCUUGCGACCCUUUAAUAAUUUAUCACUUAGCCUCAAGUCUCAAAAUACACUUAGAUCUCUGUCAAUCCAAAGCCCAAUGCUCUAUGCAAGUAAAUGAAUGGAAACACUUCAAGUUUUCCCUGAAUUCUCAGAGUUGGCACGAGGGGCACUAUAGCAAGAAUUCAUGUAAAUUAAAAGUUAAAGACAUAAUUAAUAGCUAGAUUUCUGAAUAAUCCUAUGAUGUUUUUUUAAAUCAGUUUUGUUAAAUCAAUAAUGCACACUAUAUAUUUUUUCAUAUAUAUAUGGUUAAUAAUAAUUUUGAGCACUUUUUGAAUUUGAAUUGUAUUAUGUAUUUCAAUACAAUGUCUACAUUUCUAUCCACAGUUAAAAAACCAACGGUUGGAAAUGGGCGUCUCUUCACUGGGAAUAACCA